AUGAAUUAUGUAAUUAAAUAAACAGAAUAAUUUUUAAGAGCACUUAAAACUUGCCAUUCUAUUGAUUAGAACUUACAUUGUUAUUUUUCAAAUAAUGGUAUCAUCUAAUAUAUUAAAUUUAGGAAUUCUAUUAUUAAGUAAUUACGAAUAAUUUGAAGAUGUUGAUACUAAAAAACCCACUUUUUUUUGUUAUUUCAAUUCAAAUUCAUUCGAAUAAUUCCAAACCAAUUCCAUUCAUUACAAAAUGCCUUAAACAUUGUCUCCUGAUCUAUAAAUCAAAUUAUAAAAACUUAAUGCCUUAUUAGAUAAAUUAGUCUUUGAAAUCAAUAUACUAUAACUAUACACUAGUUUGAAGCCCUUUAAAAAAUAAAUUAAAAAAAUAGAGAUUUAAGUUUAUUACACUAUAUCAUAAUUAAGAGUAAUACAAACAUUUAAAAUGAUUGUAUUUUUCAAGGAUUCUUUCUUCACUAUUGAAUGCCCAAUUAUUUCAUAAUAAGAAUAAAUUGAAUAAAUGGAAUUGAUUAGAAAAUAUAUGGAAAACAGAAAACAUUUCGAUGUAUUAGAAGUUGACUCAGAAAUCUCAGAAUAUUUAAAUGAUUUCAAUUAAAAAGAAGCCAUUUAAUUAAUUUUGAAUAGAAAUAGUUUAGAAAUUAAUUUAAAUAGCUAAAAAUAGGAAACAUCUCUUGUUUUAAAUAGUGGUUUUUUAACUUCAUAUAAAUUUAAUGACUUUACAAAUAUUUAUAAAAAUGUUAAUACUAUUAGUAUAGAACCAAAUGUGUUAACCCCUUUUCAUGGAUAUGGAUUUAAAAUAUCAAUUUCAAGAGAUCUCAAUCAAAAACCAAGAUUAUUUAUUUCUUAAGAUUGGUAAGAUCAAAUAAGUAUGGUUUUGAAAUCUAUAACAAAUCUAUUAAUAAAAUAAAAAUCAUAUCAAUUCUAGAUGAUGAAAAUAAUGAAGAUGAACUGUAAAUAUAAUUUUCAAUAUUAGAUUAGACAUUAUUGCUGAAUAUUAGAAUAAUGAAGUAUAAGAACAGGAAUUAAUGAUGCAGGAGUAAUAACAAUUUGAAGAACA